AUGAGCUCGCCGGCAGUCCAGGCGAAGCCCGCAGAGGCAGUCAAGCCCGGCAAGGCAGUUGAUCUCCUCCCGGGCCAGCUGUCGUGGCUCUACGCCAAUCUGCAUCCUGUGCUUCUGCUGUCCCUCAUUCCUGUCACCUUCACGACUUUGGUGCGAGAUCCUGUCAGCGCUCUCCUCGGUCUGGCGCCGACGGUCGCAUUGGUUCAGGCGCUCUACUGUGUGCUUUGCCUGCCUUCCAGUGGCCAGGCACCAUCGCCCAAGUCGAAACCAGGCCUGAAGACGACAACUGGCAAGCCAGCCCAGGACAUAUGGGCCAAGGCUGUGCCAGCAUUCCUUUCCUUCGUCCUUACCUUCACCCUGUCGGCGCCGCUUCUUUACAUCAUCGUAAUCCUCUUCGGCGCACCAUUGGUCUCGCAUCACCUACAUACCCUUCUCCUAGCAAUUCACCUGGCACUACUUACGACACCACACUUAUUCUACGUUCACGGCCUCCAAGUGUCGACAUGGACAAGACUUGUCAGUCUGCAGCAGCCGGUGGACGAGGUCUACGGCAUGGCAUUGGGUGCCUGCGUUGGCGCGUGGAUAGGAACCAUCCCAAUACCGCUGGAUUGGGAUAGGGAAUGGCAGAAGUGGCCCAUCACGAUUAUUUGCGGUCUCUACGCUGGCGCAGUGAUCGGCAAAGUUGUGGGAGGACUACUGAAAGGUAGCAAAAUGAAGAUGAGCUGA